CGCGGAAGUGACGGCGCGUGCUGACGGUGUUUCCUGUUUGCGGCCGAGCCGAGCGGAGGCGCCGCCGUUGUCCCGGGCUGCUGGCGGGGGGAGGCGGCCGUGCUGCCGAGGCACCGGCGGGCGAGCGAGCGAGGGGAGUCCCGCCCUGCGUGUGCUCGCUCAGAGGAGGGGCCGUCAGUUGCGCGGUGGGUGAAGGCGGCGCGGGCAGUGGCUGUGACCUCGCUGUGGAGAGGUUCCAAACCGAGUUGAAAAUCGUCCCUGGCAGGACUUGAAAGACUCAGUUGUUAACAAGACAACUACUGAAACAUGGUGGAUUACUAUGAAGUUCUGGGAGUGCAAAAGCAUGCCUCAGCAGAAGAUAUUAAAAAAGCGUACCGUAAAUUGGCAUUAAAAUGGCACCCCGAUAAAAAUCCAGACAAUAAAGAAGAGGCAGAACGGCAAUUUAAACAAGUGGCUGAGGCCUAUGAAGUUUUGUCAGAUGCUAGAAAACGUGAAAUCUAUGACAGAUACGGAAAAGAAGGCUUAAUAAAUGGAGGCGGAGGUGGAAAUCAUCACGAUAGUCAGUUUGAAUUUGGAUUUACAUUCCGUAACCCAGAAGAUGUCUUCAGGGAGUUUUUUGGUGGAAGGGACCCCUUUUCGUUUGACUUCUUCGAAGACCCUUUUGAGGACUUCUUCGGGGGCAGGCGAGUUCCAAGAGGAAGCAGAAACAGGGGUGGUGGAUCAUUUUUCUCUGCGUUUAGUGGAUUCCCUGCUUUUGGAAGUGGUUUUUCUUCAUUUGACACAGGUUUUACUUCGUUUGGUUCAUUGGGACAUGGAGGCCUCACUUCAUUCUCCUCUACGUCAUUUGGUGGCAGUGGGAUGGGUAACUUCAAAUCAGUAUCAACCUCAACUAAAAUAGUUAAUGGCAGAAAAAUUACUACAAAGAGAAUUGUUGAGAAUGGACAAGAGAGAGUAGAAGUUGAAGAAGAUGGCCAGUUAAGGUCGCUAACAAUAAAUGGUGAGGCAGAUGAAGAAGCCUUUGCUGAGGAGUGCAGACGGAGAGGACAACAUGCUCUGCCUUUCCAGCCGACCAACCCUCGCCUGCUGAAGUCUCACAAGCCUGCCAGUUCCCCCAAAUAUGCCUAUCAUUAUAAUAGCGAUGAGGUGGAAGAACAAGAUAGAAGCCGGGUUACAAGCAGCUUGGAGACCCCUUUUUAUUUAUCAGGACACAAAGAAGGCAGCAAGAGGAGGAAGCAGAAGCAGAGAGAGGAACAGAAGAAGAAGAAGUCAACCAAAGGGAGUUACUAAACUGGACUUCUCUGCUAUGCCAAUACCUUUAUAAUAAUUACAACUUAAUGUUACAUUUGAGCACACCUCUUUUGUGUAUAUUUUUUGAUUGUUCACACUGCUAGCAAGGUAGUGACUCAUGUUAAAAACUGUACUAAAAUUGCACUAUGUUAUUCUUUUUAGUUUCUUGGAGUGGCUUUCUUGCCAGUCAGGUUAGGGAAUUUGAACGAGGCUGAUCUUGGUUAGAAGUGUGUUAUGUUUGAAGAUUGGAAAGCGUUACAGAAUUUCUUACCUCUUCCUUCCCUGGGACUAAAACAACUCUAGUCUAGUGUUUUGUUUAUUUGUUUUUUAGGAUAUAAAGGGUUGUGCAAAUGCCUGUUUGUUGGGUCAGUCUGGCAUCAACAUCAGGCCUGUUGAAAGAAGAGUCCUAUUCACUCAUGUCAUUGGGAACGGGAUUGAGACAUGAGCUCUUAUAGGGUAAUUUAUGCAAGCUGAAUAAGUGACUUUUAUGGUUGUUUGUUUUCUCCCCAAGCUGGGCAGCAAAGGUUUGCUAUUAAAAUGUUCUUUCAUUUUAAAUUGUAUCAUGAAGUUAUAUCCUCUGCUUUUAAGAAACUUAGUGUAAUGAUGGUCUCCUGUAAGCACUCCUACUGAUUUCCUUAAGCAUAGUUGACUCCUGAUGAAUCAUUUAGUGAAAUCAUUCCUUAUUUAAAAAUUUUAUUUUAAGAACCUAGAGACAAAUGAUCUAAGUGCUACUUUAAAACUGCUCUUUGUUUCUGCUGAGUAGGUUUUAGAUAACAAACAUUUUUCAGCAUCCGUAUAAGAUUUUAUCAAGUUGUUUCUGCACAGAACUUGCACCUUUAUGUAUGAAAGCAUUUUGCAUCAGUUUUACUGCAGGACUAAUUUUUCUAGCUUGAAAAGAUGUCUUCAAUUUAAAAGAAAUAUGUGUUUUCUGGCAAGAUUACUUGCUUGCUUCCCAUACUUGUCUCAUGUGCAUGACACAUUGCUUCUCUUAACCAUUUAGUUCGUACAGAGCCCUUCUGUUGCCUUAAGCAUAUACCUGCAUGUUUCUUGUCAGUAUGUUGCCUCCUCUUUUUAACCUUGAGGUAGGAGUUAGGAGCUUAUGGUUUUGUUUCUUUUGUUCUUCCUCUUGCCAAUAUGUUGUUGAUGUAACAGACUUAAACCUGGCAAUAUUGAAAGUCCACAGUUCCUGGAGAAACUCACUCAUCCUAACGUUUAAAAGAUGUAGUAAUGCACAUAAUGGCGUAAGGAAGAAGCUAAACAGAAAAAUCAAGUCUGCAUUCUAGCAUGGUUUGAUAUAACAAAUUCUGGUGCCUCCGAUAUCUGAACGGUUUAGCUUCAAAUGCUUACAUUACCCAGUGUAACCCUACACAAACAUAUAACCAUACAUGAACUCUGUUAGGGUAUUUAAUUUAUGGGUAAUAUGAAAUAAGACUGAGUACUGGUUUUCUGUCACUGAAGUACCACUUUUGUUUUGUGCUGUGUUACUAAUAUUUAAAAAUAAAGAAAAUUCUCCUUUA